GUCAGUCGACAGUAAACGGUCGGAGGCGGUGCGGCCCUCUGACCGGUCUCGCCACUCGCCAUCCCGCCGCCCUCCCGUCGCCCCUCGGCCGAGAGCUAGUGCCAUGCGCGCCCCACUGGUGCUGGUGUUGGUGCUUCUGGCAGUGAUUGGACAUCAUGUCACCCACGCCGGUCUCCUGUAUAUGAACAUUAACCGGUAUCUGACUCAACUGCGCAGCGUCCGUGCUCUGUUCGAAGACUGGGAGUAUGCCGUACCGGUCGGCACGGCCUUUUUCCUCACGGCCAUCACCGCCGCCCAGUACGGCUUUCUGCCCGUGAGGAACCGUCACAUCGCCGACGGCGUCGAAGCCAUCAACCGGCACCUGCGGGCACUCUCGUGGCCGUCGAAGCGGUACCGGCAGCCGCGGGCGGCGCUGGCCUCUCCGCUGCCGGUCGCCCUGCAGGUGCUGGUCACGGCGUUCCGGCAUCUGGAGGAGGGCCUGCUGCGACAUGACCGGCCCCGAGCGGCACACGGUGUCCGCCGGAGGCUGUAGGUCGCGGAGGAACCGGCUCAGAGGGCGUCAGAGGGCGCACAGCUCGGCGAGCGAGUUAGAGAGUGGCAUUUGACUUGUGCUAAACGGGAGUGUUUGGGUGCACUGCCAAUUACCGAAAUUAGUGUGCAUAAUAGGCAGCAUCAACUUAUGCUGUUUGGAUGAUAAUGCUUGUUGUUUAUUUUAAAUGAUCGUGAUUAUUACGUGACCGGUAAUAAUGCACGCUGUUGUUGGAAUGUUUCCGGUUGGGUGGUAAUAACUACUUUGUUUUAGGUAUGCUAGUUCUGGACUGGAGGCAUUGAAUGCUGUUUUGUGUUAUUGUUGCUGUACUCUGUUGUCUUUGUCUGACAUUUAUGCAGCCAAGAUUAGGUACAUAAACACUUCCUAUUGCC